UCUGGGCAGUGCGGUGAAAAGGAAAAGAAGGAGAGAGAGAGAGAGAGAGAAAAAAAACUUCGAAGUGUUCCGUGAGCGGCAGAUAGAUAGAAAGAAGUAGGUAAGAGGACGGAAAACCCUCAGAGGUCAGACAGGCUAUAGGCUUUAAAGCGAAGGUUAAUGUGAGUCACUGCUGUAACUCCAGGUUCACUUGGAUCUGACAGCUGAGGCUGAGCUACUGACUUCAGGCUGAAGUUUGCGCACCUGAGAGGAUCUUUAGUGUAGGUUUACCUGCGGCUCAAGCACAAUAACAAGAAGAAGUAUAUAACAGACAAUACCUAUUCUGAGCUGCACUCUCUAUAAGAUGUUAUAGGUUCUAGUUUAUCGGAGCAUUAUUGCACUUUGCCAACUCUUCUCUGGAUUUCCUCAAAUAACAAGAUUUUUUUUUAAAUUUUUCUGCUGGUGCCUUUUUAAAAAAAAAAAAUCUGCGAGGAUUUUAAGAAAGGAAAAAAGUUUCGCAGUUCAGAUCGUCUACUGAAAUCUUCCUCUUUCCUGGAUCAUGUACCAGGACUACUCCGGGAACUACGACACCUCGUCCCGCGGCAGCAGCAGCACCUCUCCGGCCCAGCCAGAGUCAUUCACGAGCGGCAGCAGCACGAUCGGAAGUCCGAUCUCUACCUCAAACUACCAGAAGUACAGGGUUGACAUGCCCGGCUCCAACAGUGCCUUCAUACCCACCAUCAAUGCAAUCACAACCAGCCAGGACCUGCAGUGGAUGGUGCAGCCCACCGUCAUCACCUCCAUGUCCAAUCCUUAUUCCCGCACCCACCCGUACGGCCAUCACCUGACCAACGGGCCAGGGCUCCUGGGGCACAACACACUGGCUCGGCCCGGGGUCAUCCGCUCCAUCGGGGAUGCCAGAGGCCGGCGUAAGCGGGACGAGCAGCUCACUCCGGAGGAAGAGGAAAAGAGGAGGGUGAGGCGUGAGAGGAAUAAGUUGGCCGCCGCCAAGUGCCGCAACCGGAGAAGAGAGCUCACCGAGAUGCUGCAAGGGGUGAGUGGCAGAGAUCUGACAACCAGAGUCACCAGAGCAGAUCGUCUCAUGCGCGCUCCGCUGAUAUCGUGUAAAACAACAAAAUCAGAGCAUCUCAGUCCUCUCAUGUGGGAAAGAGCUCGAGUUGAUAAACACCAAGCUUUGCCAUGUUUAUUGAUGUUGCAGAAAAUUUGGAAAAUGACUAAAGAGCAACAAGAGAAAUCAUUUUUGCACAGAGAAUACACAGGACACAAUAGGGAGGCUGGGGGGGGGUCGCACUUUGUUCAGACGUCUGGCAGAAAUCCAGUUUUCUGGUGAGUGAUUGAACUCCACACCUAAAUUUACAACCUCGCAAUACUGGUUUCGACUCUCACUGUGCCUCUGAGUGCAAGGUCUGAGUGAGGAGAUGACAGGCGAUGAAAAGCUUUUUGUCUCGGGCAGCUGUAGACAGAGGUAGGGCUGUCUCGUGGCCCUGCCUGGCAGACAGUAACGGCAUCUAAAUGGACUAAUUAGCCGAAUUACAGCGAGGUUGAGCUUGUCAGGCCUUAAA